AAACAAUCAAAAGCCCAAUCAUGGCCCAUGUAAAAUCAACCCUUUCCAGUUCCUCUAUCUCACGAGUCACGACUCUCCCACACAGCAAGCGACAGACACAGAUCCACCUUUGAGCUUUGGCGCCUCCUGUCGCAUAAUUUCUAUUUCAUACACUAAAAAUGAUGGCGAUUGGUGCUUCUGCCCUACAAAUAACUUUCACGAGACCCUCUGUUCUUCUUACUCAAAGAAAUCUUGGGGUUACCAUGGCAAGUUUUGUGCAAGAAUCCGAUAGAGCUUUAUCAUCUAAGCUUACAAGCUCUUCUCAUCUAUCAUCCAUGUUAAAUUCUAAUAAAAGUUUCACAAUUAAUCAUCCAAGGUUUCGUAAGUUUGUUACAAGAUCAAUGUCUGAAGCUUCUGAAACCAAAUCCACAUCCCAGCUUUCGAUUGAUUUGAAAGGUAAAAGGGCAUUCAUUGCUGGUGUUGCUGAUGACAAUGGAUAUGGUUGGGCUAUUGCAAAAUCUUUAGCUGCUGCAGGUGCUGAAAUUCUUGUUGGAACAUGGGUGCCUGCUUUAAACAUAUUUGAAAUGAGUCUAAGACGAGGGAAAUUCGAUGCAUCACGUGUUUUGCCAGAUGGCACUUUGAUGGAGAUUACUAAAGUUUAUCCAUUAGAUGCUGUGUUUGAUAACCCAGAAGAUGUACCUGAAGAUAUUAAAGCAAAUAAACGUUAUGCAGGUGCAAGUAAUUGGACUGUACAGGAAGUUGCAGAAUUAGUAAAGAAAGAUUUUGGUAGUAUUGAUAUUUUGGUGCAUUCACUUGCUAAUGGACCAGAGGUUACUAAGCCUCUAUUGGAGACAUCAAGAAAAGGUUAUCUAGCAGCAGUAUCUGCAUCAAGCUAUUCAUAUGUUUCUUUACUCAAGCAUUUCCUUCCAAUCAUGAACCCUGGUGGUUCUUCAAUUUCUCUUACAUACAUUGCUUCUGAGAGGAUCAUUCCAGGAUAUGGUGGAGGGAUGAGUUCAGCAAAAGCUGCACUUGAGAGUGACACAAAAGUUCUUGCUUUUGAAGCCGGAAGAAAACAUAAAAUUAGAGUCAACACUAUCUCCGCAGGUCCACUUGGAAGUCGUGCUGCUAAAGCAAUUGGUUUUAUAGAUACAAUGAUAAGCUACUCUUUUGCUAAUGCUCCUCUACAAAAAGAGCUAUAUGCGGAUGAGGUGGGGAACACGGCGGCUUUUCUUGCAUCACCAUUGGCUUCUGCCAUCACGGGUGCUCUUAUAUAUGUUGAUAAUGGGUUGAAUGCAAUGGGUGUGGGGGUUGAUAGUCCAUUGUUUAAAGAUCUUAAUAUUCCAACAAGUGAGCAUUAGUAUUGGCAAUGUAUAUGUGUUGAGAAUAAAGUUUUGAAGAUUCGGCUUGUAGAUUUAAUGACAGUUUAAUUAUUAUGUAAAAGAUGUGGAAUAUGAACAAAACAUGUUUAAAUUUUUUG